AUGCUGGACAGAUAGCAACAGCUCCGCUCGCGUGGCUGGCCAGCUCUCCGGCUCUCUGAUUGGCCAGCGGUGAUUACAGGCACGCUUCAGAGGGCGAACAAACAACGGGCAUAAAUUAUGCUAAUGAGAUGGUCGUGCGGCACGGGGCAGACCUGAUGCAAACCAUUCAUUCAUCCUUCACAAAAAUGCCAAAGCGAUGGGGGUACGUCCAUUGUCUCUUCAGGGUAUAUAAGGCAGGUGAGGCCAGUCGUGUGCCAAGCUCACAAGCUCGCACGAGCUGAUUGAGGGGUAAGAGCAAGACAGACGCGUGCCUUAAACUUCAACACAAACUAUCUUCAAGGCUCAGCAAGACUUCAAACACCCAGUUUCAUCUAAUAAGGUUAUCAACAAUGGAGACUGUCUUCUCCGACAUGGACACCUCAAGCUGUGACUACUCCUUUACGCACACAGAUGAUGAGGACUCACGCAGCAGCCUCCACUCCGCGUCCCCCGCGUCCUUCUGCGGCAAGCCGCCUGCGUCUCCAGCCGAGCUCCAGCAGAAAAAGAGGCGCAGGGGGCGCGCCAGGAACGACGGCACCGUGCACGUGGUGAAGAAGAACCGCCGGAUGAAGGCCAACGACCGCGAGAGGAACAGAAUGCACAACCUCAAUGACGCCCUGGAUGCCUUGAGAAGCGUGCUGCCUGCCUUUCCCGACGAAACGAAGCUGACCAAAAUCGAGACUCUGCGCUUCGCUCACAACUACAUCUGGGCGCUUUCCGAGACCAUCCGGAUCGCAGACCAGCGGCAGAGCAAGCCCAGAGACCCUGCGCUGCUGUUGCCAGGACUAAGCUGCAUGAAAGAUGCGCCCAGCCCCGGAGGUGACUCUUGCUCCUGGCCAUCCGGAGCAUCCUCCUCGUCUUCAUCUCCGUCUUACUGCAAUUCAGACCCGGGCAGCCCUGCAGCCAUGGACGACUUUGGAUACUUACAGACCGAUGUAGUUUACAGCUACCACAACUUUGUACCUGGCGUCUAUUAAUGUGACUAAAGCAUUCUCAUGUCUGUAUAGAGUCUGCAGAAGUAUGUAGUGUAAAAUCAGAGGACUUUGCUGUUACCUUUCUUAUAGAACCAAGAGGUACCAACAUUAGGUAUUCACUGUUUGCCUUAACGACAGUUCACAGAUGAGAAUGUUCUUAUUUUUGUACGUUUUGUUACCGAUAUUGAUGCCUUUCCCGAUAUCUUUGCACUUUUCGCAUUCUUUGGAGCAUGACAUUAAACGCCUGUUAGAGAAAAUUAUCAUUUAAACCAAGACAGAUUGGCCUUUGCAGUCCAAGGUGAAAAGUCAAUAUUACAAUUUGUAGAGCGAUAAAGCAGAAAAGCGAGCGUGAAAAUUCAGUUUCAACGCUGUGACAAUGGACUGAAUGGACAAGACAAAGAUCUGGCCUUAUGCAUUAUGUAUUUUGACCCGAAGAAACCUCUCCUGUCUGGCUGAUCCAUAGAAGAGUACAGUUACUCACGACUGCUUUCCCACCACUUUCUUUUUGUUUUAUUUAUUCAACCUGUUGAUUUCGUAUGCUAUUGUAUUUUUAUUGUAUAUAAAGAGAUUUAUUCUAUUAUGUAUUUACCUCAAAAUAUAACUGGUGCAAACAUGUUUGUACAAAUAAAUAUAACGUUUUCUAUAAAAA